AUAAUGACGUUGAAAUUGAUCCGAAUUUCACACUUGUCAAAUUGGUCAAUGAUGAAAAUGGUGAGUAUACUAAUACAAAUUUAUAUACAUAUAAAUAAUGACGACAAUUGCAUAAUUAUAGUUGGCGAGCUACCAGCUUAUGAGUAUGAGCCAAACAACGAUCUUUUUGAAGACAGAGUCUUAGACAAUCUACCAGCACGUCGCCGAAACAAUCACAUUGGAGAGGACCAGGAUAAUGAUGAUUUUAAUGACUCUGGAUCUAUCUUCUUUUUCUCGAUCUACAAAAACUUAUGCGUGCUAUGUUCUCUUCAUUUCUUACUUAGCACUCGAUCAACCAAUGGAGGAAGCAAACAUAUGUCAAGCAUGCGAGAGAAACAAUGUUUUGAUCGAGCUUCAACCAUGUGGACAUGCAGCUCUAUGUGA